GACGGACCAACUGUGUCGUCAUAUCCGGUCCCUUGGUGGCGUCUGAUGGAUCUGACCUGUGCUCAUGCAGUUAGUAAAAUAGAUAUUAAAUGAUUUGUACGAAGUAAUGUACACAACUGACAAAACCAUACGUGGAAAUAUUAACGUAGGUUUUUAUCUGUCAAGUGAUCGACAAAUGCCUUUGUACCACUGAUAGUCUGCUAUUAAAGGGAAACUCCAACAUGACCAUGGCGAGAAGUGGAAUCAUGGCCUCAGGCCGAUUGCUUUGGGCAUCUCCAAAACCACUCGUACAGACAACUGUCGCACCUUCUUGGUCUGUGAUACUGAGUAGGUCAGCUCACCGAACAGGGUACCGGCGGCCUGGACAGCCCAAGGACAAUAGAUUCUUUUGGCAAAGGAUCAAUUUCGACUUCUCCAAGGGUGUUGCAGGAGUAAAGAAACACCUGGGACUAUUGAAAGAGGAAGUAGUGCAGCAUUGGGAAGGACCAGAGGGCAAGCCUCUUGUCAACAGCCUGCUGGAGCAGACACGGGUACUUUGGGAAUUCCGUGGACCAGACAGUCUGAAUCAGUGGGUUGUGUCCUGUGACCAGGAGAUCGGAGGCCGUAGUGAAGCUUACUUGAAGCUGGGCAGGAACAACACCACUUGCAUGUUGUACGGCACGCUGAGCUCUAUUCCUCCAAGGGAUGGCGAAACGCGAUAUAGUGGAUACUGCUCCCUGCGCUCCAAGCAGCUUCUUGGCUCAUUCGACAGCAAGAAGCACUAUGACCUGUCCGACUUCAACACACUGCACUUGCGUGUGCGUGGAGAUGGGCGACCUUGGAUGAUCAACAUUGGACUAGAGAACUACUUUUCUCAUCAGCAAGAUGACAUCUAUAGCUAUUUCCUAUACACGCGAGGGGGCCCGUACUGGCAAGAUGUUAAGAUUCCAUUCUCCAAGUUUUUCCUGUCCAGUCGUGGCCGAAUACAGGAUGACCAGCAUUAUCUAGCACAAGACAAGAUCAACACAAUUGGAUUCACCUUGGGAGACAAAGCGGAUGGCCCAUUCCAGCUGGAGAUUGACUUUAUUGGAGUGUCUAAUGACACAGCCCACACUGAGGACUUUGCUUAUGAGAUGUAUAAGAGAAACCCACAGGUGUAACAUCUGAUUAUCACCUCAAACACAAGUCUUUAUAGAAUGAUGACCAGGAGAAAUGUACUCUAGCCACAUAUUUAUUGUGACCAUUUUCAGAAUAAAAGCACUGAAUAUCAAAAAAACAA